AUGAUCGCAUCCAUGGUAGUGAAAGGUGUGGUUAUCAGAAAGGCCGUGUCUGCCGCUGGGGCAGAUGGCCUAUGGUACACGUUUGGUCUUGGUACCAUUGUGAUGAGAACGGUUGGAGACAAUGAUAAGAUCAACGACGAUGAUGAGAUAAAUGAGGAAACAAUGAUAAAGGAAUUGAAAGGUGGAGAUGUUAUAGUUGAGAUGGGAAGGAGUAUGCAGGGAGCCGUAGGAGAUACCGUAGACUGGUGA